AUGGCGUCGGGGAAGCUUCCGUGGGAGUUGGAGGAAGAGAUACUGUGUCGGCUUCCACCUGGAUCCCUUGUUCGGAAAAGCUUGGGUUGUGCACGUCCCCAAUUUAUCAUCCUGCCCGAAUCCAAGAUUUAUUCGAUAGGAACCAUCGGCCUGGACGACUUUGAUCCGAAGAUAGAGGUGCGUGAGCUAGCCUGUCAAUUUCAUUUUAAGGCUGAGAAGUGGGCAUUUACCAGGAUCACGGCUUGCGAUGGAUUAUUGUUUCGUGACUUUUGGAACCAAGGGGUUACCAUUUGGAAUCCAUGGUUAAGACAGGUUGGGUGGAUCGAGUAUAAGGAGGACAGAGAUUUCCGUUUUUGCGGUGUAGGAUACGAUGCUUGUAAACCCGAAAAGGAUUACAAGAUCUUUGGGUAUUUUAGUCGUUUCUAUGACACUACACUGAAAAUCGGCCACAGAUUUGCGAUCUUUGAAUGUGCGUCUCAAGCGUUUAAGUUCAUUGAUUCCCCGGAAUGGCCAAUGCUGGCAGGUCGAGGUGAAUAUGUGUCCUUGAAUGGAAAUUUGUAUUGGACUGCUUACAAUGAAGAUACUCGUGAGCAUUUUCUCGGAAGCUUUGAUUUCUCCACAGAAAUAUCCAUGCACUUUUGUCUCCUUCCUUGUGGGAAGCAUGUUUCUGGCUUACGAGAUAAACUUGUCCUCACUGUAUUUAAGGGCGAUCAGUUUGCAUUGUUAAAGCAAUCUCGUAUAUCAAGUAAUACAGAGAUUUGGGUAACAAAUGACAUGAUUAACUCUAGUAAUAAUGUGGUGUGGUUAAACUUGAUGACACUGUCAAUACCUGAUUUUCCCUCGCUAUUCCAUCAGCUUUCUGAUAUUAGUUACUUCAUCCAUGACAUGACCCUUAUCCUGUGCUGUGACGACAAUCAAACUGGAGUGGGUUGCAUCUUUAUUGCGAGGGGAGACUUCUGCAAGAAGAUUCAAAUAGAUUCUGUCUCUCUUGGGUUUUCUCAAUGUGUCCAUCUUCCAAGUUUGACCUCGGUUCCUUUGGAAUUCAGAUCACUGCAAGUUUAG